AUGUCUAAAAGAAGCCAGCCAACUUGGUCUCUGCCUUCAAGCGGACAGAAGAGGCCAGUAUUGAAGUUGUACAACAGUUUAACUCGUCAGAAAGAAGAGUUUGUGUGCACUAACAGAAAUCGCAUUAAUUGGUAUAGUUGUGGUCCUACGGUCUACGAUGCAUCACAUAUGGGUCAUGCCAGAUCCUACAUUUCGUUUGAUAUUCUAAGGCGAAUUCUAGGAAACUACUUUGGAUAUGAUAUCCUAUUUGUGAUGAACAUAACAGAUAUUGAUGAUAAAAUUAUAAAGCGAGCCCGACAAAAUUAUCUUUAUGAGCAAUAUAUGAAGGAUCAAAAAAGUUUAGAUUGUAUCACAGAUGAUGCAAGUGCAGUUGUGAAUUACUAUGAAGAAGUUGUUAAAAAUACUGGUGACCCUGAUAAAAAGAAUUCUCUUCAAAUAAUGCUAGACAAUGUGGCAUCAGCAGUAAAAGUUCUUAAAGAAGCAGUACAGUCAAAAGAUCAAGAGAAAAUCAUUCUAGCAAAGUGUGAUCUUCUUAAAUCAGCAAAAGAUCCACUAUCAGAAUGGCUGGAUACCAAAUUGGGGUCAACAGUGUCUGAUAAUGCUAUUUUUACCACCUUGCCUAGGCAUUGGGAGAAUGAAUUCCAUAAAGACAUGAAGGCACUUAAUGUGUUACCCCCAGAUGUUCUCACAAGAGUUAGUGAAUAUGUACCUCGGAUAGUAGAAUAUAUUCAGAAAAUAAUAGACAAUGGAUUAGCCUAUGAGUCAAACGGCUCUGUGUACUUUAAUGUGAGUGAAUUUGAUAGCAGAGACAAGCAUCACUAUGCACGGCUUGUACCUGAGGCUUAUGGUGAUACCAAGUCUUUGCAGGAAGGAGAAGGUGAUUUGAGUGACGACGCAGCAGAAAAGCGAUCAUCCAACGAUUUCGCCCUUUGGAAGCGAAGUAAAGCCGGCGAGCCAUCUUGGCCAUCGCCCUGGGCCCAGGGCCGACCCGGCUGGCAUAUCGAGUGCUCCGCCAUGGCCUCUGACGUCUGCGGAUCUAAGCUGGACAUACAUACUGGCGGUGUAGAUCUCAAAUUCCCGCAUCAUGAUAAUGAAAUUGCCCAAAGUGAGGCAUAUUUCGAUGAACCGGGUUGGGUGAACUACUUUCUCCAUACUGGACAUUUGACAAUCGCGGGUUGCAAGAUGUCCAAAUCUCUGAAGAAUUUUAUCACCAUCUCCGACGCGUUGAAGCGACACACAGCACGACAAUUGAGAAUCGCAUUCCUAUUACAUGGAUGGAAGGAGACACUUGAUUACUCUGAUAAUACUAUGGAAAUGGCUAUUCAGACUGAGAAGACGUUCAAUGAAUUCUUCCUAACAGUAAAAGAUGCUAUGCGCAGCGGUUAUAAUGAGGGUUGCGGCGGCGAAUGGCGCGCGGAAGAUCAACAGCUUGCCAAUAAACUGAGUACAGUUAAAGAGCAGGUGCAUGCAGCUUUCUGUGACAACAUCGACACCCGAAGUACGUUGGAUGCCUUAAGAGAGCUAGUAGGAGCUGCUCAUAUAUACUUACGUCAGACGCAACCUCGUAACGCACCUUUGCUCUGCACAGCGGCGAGAUAUGUCACUGAUAUACUUCAUAUUUGCGGUGCAAUUGAAGGCCCGAGAGGCGGCAUUGGGUUCCCUGUAGCUGAUGGUGAUGGUGUCUGUUAUGAAGAGGCAGUAAUGCCAUACCUCGAAAUGUUGAGUACAUUCCGCGGCGCAGUCCGUUCGGCGGCGCGUAAUGGGCGGGCCAACGAAGUACUCUCUCUAUGCGAUGAACUCAGAGAUGUCAUCUUACCAGAACUCGGUGUGCGGUUAGAAGACAAAGCUGAUCGCACUAUAGUGAAGAUAGUAAGUAAAGAAGAGCUAAUGAAAGAGCGUGAAGAGAAGAAGCGUAUCGAAGCAGAGAAACAGCGGAAGAAGCAGGAGUUGUUAGAAGCACAACGGCUUAAAGAAGAACAGAAGAAAAUUUCACCCGCAGAUAUGUUCAAAAAGGAUACUGACAAAUAUUCUAAGUUUGAUGAUAAGGGUCUUCCAACGCACGACCACAAAGGCAAUGAACUCAGCAAAGGCCUAAUCAAGAAGCUUCAGAAAUUGCAACAGGCUCAAGAAAAGAAGUACACUGAGUAUUUAGCCUCUAUCAACACCUGUUGACAUCAUCGCACUUGAAAUCAGGCGCAUAAAAUCGCAUUCGUAUUACACAUUUAAAAACUUAGGGUAAAAAAGUACUUAUGGGAAUGAAAUGUUUGUAUUGAAAUCUAGAUGACAAUUUUGUUCCUGUUUUUAUAAUAUAUACCUAGAAUAAUAGCUGCAUUUCAAAAGUAUAUUGGAGCAUUACACUAUUAUUACAAGUAUCGGCUGUGUGAACAAAACAACGAAUAACGUCCAUCAAAAUUUAUAAAAGUUUUCAUUCAAUAGCUACGACAAUUAAAAGAAACUACUUGUUAUGUAAUAGGCAUUAAAACGAGUGUUUUAAUGCCUAAUUAUGUACAGUUACAUAUACUGCUUUAUCUACACAUAUAUUAUAAGCUCUUUGUGAUGUGUUCGGGAACCGCACGUUACGACUGGCGAAACGGCGGCAAAUAAAAACUCUUUCUCACGCAUGUCACAUAACCUUCAUAGAUAAAAACGAAAAUAGAAACAAAAUUCAUAGACAAACUAGAAUCGGCCCUAACUAUAUAUCGUUCGAUAUCAAGUAACGUGUGAAAUUGUCAAAAU